GGCACCGACCCCUGCCAGGGCCGGGCAGAAACGUGGGACUGAAGCUUGGCCCCGAAGGACUUCCCCCCGGGCUGCCCCGGACCCAGAGCUUGAAGCCAGCCGCCAGGAGGGGCCGCCCGCCGGGCGCUGCUAGCGAUGUGGGGCUCGGCCUUGGCGCUCUGGACUGCCGCCGGCAUGGUGUGCCUGCGGAAGGGCCGCCGAGCUCCGGGGCCCGUGCUUGGGGCCGCCUGCCUCUUCUCCAUGGCUUUCGGACUGGGACAGAGUGCUGAUGAGAACAGAUGUACCAGCUCUAAUGCAGCAACGUGUACCAAGUGUCUGGCGCUGGGUCCAGAGUGUGGAUGGUGUGCCCAAGAGGAUUUCAUGUCUGGAGCAGCAGCGAGUGAACGUUGUGACAUUGUUUCCAACUUAGUAAGCAAAGGCUGCUUGUCCGAUUUUAUUGAAUCCCCUUCGGUUGGGGUGAAGAUACCCAUGGGAAGUGAAGGGAACACUCAAGUCAGCCCUGGGGAGGUGUUUAUCCAGCUGCGACCAGGGGCCGAAGCUAGCUUUAUGCUGAAAAUCCACCCUCUACAAAAGUACCCUGUGGAUCUUUAUUAUCUUGUUGAUGUCUCAGCUUCCAUGCACAAUAAUAUCGAAAAACUAAACUCUGUUGGAAAUGACCUAUCCCAAAAAAUGGCAUCUUUUUCCCAUGACUUUCGACUUGGAUUUGGAUCCUAUGUUGAUAAAACAGUGUCUCCCUAUAUUAGCAUCCACCCUGGCAGAAUCCACAACCAAUGCAGUGAUUACAAUUUAGAUUGCAUGCCACCUCACGGCUACAUUCACGUGCUGUCUCUGACAGAGAACAUUACAGAGUUUGAACGGGCAGUCUACAAACAGAAAAUCUCAGGGAAUAUCGAUACACCUGAAGGAGGCUUUGAUGCCAUGCUCCAGGCAGCUGUUUGUCAGAGUCAUAUAGGUUGGCGCAAGGAAGCUAAAAGAUUGCUUCUUGUGAUGACAGACCAGACUUCUCACCUUGCCCUUGAUAGCAAACUUGCAGGGAUCGUGGUGCCCAAUGACGGAAAAUGCCACCUCAAAGAUAACAUCUACGUUAAGUCUACAAGCAUGGAGCAUCCCUCGUUGGGACAACUUGCAGAAAAAUUAAUAGACAACAAUAUUAAUGUUAUUUUUGCAGUCCAAGGAAAACAGUUUCAUUGGUACCAGGAUCUCCUGCCCCUCUUGCCUGGCACCGUGGCUGGCCAAAUUGAAUCAAAAGCAGCAAAUCUCAACAACUUGGUGGUGGAUGCCUAUCAGAAACUGAUUUCCGAAGUGAGAGUUCAGGUGGAGAAUCAGAUACAAGGAGUCCAUUUUACCAUCACAGCCAUCUGUCCUGAUGGGAGCAGACAUACAGGGAUGGAAGGAUGCAGAAAUGUGACCAGCAGCGAUGAAGUUCUAUUCAACAUCAGUAUGACCAUGGAUGGAUGUGAUGGAGCUGGUGGGGGAAGCUAUGCCAUCAUCAAGCCUAUUGGUUUCAAUGAAAGUACCAGAGUCCGUAUCUCUAGGCACUGUAGCUGCCAGUGUGAUGACAGCAGAAUCCCCAAACGGAAAUGUGUAGAUGAAACUCUCUUAGGUCCAACUUGCCCCCAGUGUGAUGGUGACAAGUGUCAUGUUAAUGAAGACAAAUUCCCUCUGGACAGUUGCAAGGCAAAAAGGAACCAGCCUGUUUGCAGUGGUCAAGGUGUUUGCAUAUGUGGGAAAUGUUUCUGUCACAAAACUAAGCUGGGAAAAGUAUAUGGAAAAUACUGUGAAAUGGAUGACUUUUCCUGCCCGUAUCACCAUGGAAACCUGUGUGCUGGGCACGGGGAAUGUGAAAGAGGUCGAUGCAAGUGCUUCCGUGGUUGGGAAGGAGACCGUUGCCAGUGUCCAUCCUCCUCCACCCAACACUGUGUCAAUUCUAAGGGCCAGGUGUGCAGUGGGAGAGGGACCUGCGUGUGUGGAAAGUGUGAAUGUGCUGAUCCCCGGAUCGUUGGUCGCUUCUGUGAAUAUUGCCCGACUUGUGAUACAGCCUGUGAUGAAAACCGGAAUUGUGUCCAAUGCUACCAUCCUCGCAAUUUAUCUCAAGCUAUACUUGAUCGAUGCAGAGCCUUGUGUCCUUCACAGGUCCAUUAUGUUGACCAAAUCGAAGAAUGUUUCUCUAGCCCAAGCCAUUUUCGAAUAUUUUUUGUCAUCUUCAUCAUCACAUUCCUCAUUGGAUUACUGAAGGUCCUUAUCAUCAGGCAAAUUAUCCUCCAGAGGACCAGAAAUAAAGUGAAAUCUGCCAAAUACAGAGUGUCCGCAUCAAAGAAAGAUAAGAUGUUUCUGCCCGCCGUUUGCACGCGCACUGUCACAUAUCGUCGUGACAAACCCGAAGAGAUAAACAUCAACAUCACUAAAUUACACCCGCAUGAAACAUUUAAAUGCAAGUUCUAAAGGAAUGGGGGCUUCAUGAGAAACCUUCUCCAUGACCAUCUCCUAAAAAAGAAGUCUUCACAUUGAAAAGUCGCAGGAGGUGCCCAAAUGUUUUUCAGUCACACCAUUGGUGGUUGAAAGUUCUGCUAGAGACUGAUGUGCUUCCAUAUUGUUUCAUGGCCAUUGGAUGUGAUAGCUGCUGAUUUUUUGAAAGAGAAAUGUGGCUUACUACUGUUUGAGACUAGUGUUGUCGUAGCACUUUAAUGUAAUAUAUAACUUAUUUAGUUACAGCAUAGAAUGUAGAUCUGAACAGCACUGAUCUCACUUUACAGGUAGCUAACCUCCAUCCCUUUUCCCUGCUGGAAAGGACAAUGCUGUGAGAUGACUCUGGCAUCACUGUAUACUACAAGGGUAUAGUCCUCUCCAUGGUUAUAUUCUUUUGUCACCAAAUUUUCAAAUGAAAAGUGGUUUUAAUUUUAAUUCAAUUAACCAGGUGUUUACACUUUUUUUACAUAUUCUACUUCAAGUAGAAUGUAAACUCCUUGAGGGCCAGCACUACUUUGUAUUUUUUCUCUCUCUCCCCAAUGCCUAGCCCAUAGCCUGGCACUUGGUGUGAAUGCUUGUGAGUUGAACUGAAUUGAAAUGAACAGAGAAAACAUCCAGAUUGAAUUGUUUACUCUAUCUUGAGAUUUUGGUGAUGGGUGAUGGUAGAUAAUUGGUGGUAGGUCAGUGUAACCUUCAUCUCAUAGUAAGUGAUUUUGCUUUCUAAACUCUAGGGUGAUUAUUGUUGUUUGUUGUUGCUUUUUAUGUAUAUAUGUUGGGAGGGAUGUUUUUUGUUUUGUUUUGUUUUUACAAACUCUAAUUCCAGAGGUGUUUCCUGAUUGUUUUUUUCAAUCUUUUCAUCAUGAUGCAUGUCACAAAUUACUGGAUCAAGGACGUGCUUAGCUACUGCCACUGGGAAAACCAAGGGUGUUGAAUAUCAGUUUCUUGAAUUCUCUUCUUUAACAAAAUGGUUGAUAAAAAGACCCUGUACAGAAAUUUCAAUAUUCUAGAAAAUGUCAACUUUUCAUUUUCUAUUGCUUUGGGGUUGGGGUUUUCUUACCUGAUCAAUUAGAAGCAUGGUACCCUUUCUUUUCCCCUGAUGGUGAAGUUGAAUCUCUACAGAUUAUCUGAAAAUUGUGCUAGCAGGCAAAGUACCCAAUGACUGCAUCUUUUUUUUUACUUAGGAAAGUCAUAUGCCAACUUUUGUCAUACAAACUGGAUUUUAAUGUUUUUCCCCCAUUGGUGCACUAAACUAGCUUGGAACUAAUAUGUUCCCUAUUGUUGAAAUAGGACCUGAACUGCCUUUUCUUAUCAGAGAUUCUAAAAAAAUAUAAAGGACUAUUAGAACUCCUGUAGUCUGACUUUUUCUUCCUCUCCUUCAACAGUUUACUGGUAAGAAAAUGGAAGCACCAAAGAGAUAAUAUGACUUAUCCAGGGUCACAAAAUUUCUUAUUCUUAAUCUAGGCCUCUUCUUCUUCUUCCUCUUCUUCUUUGUACAAUAGGCUACCUCCUAAAUUUUUUAAAUUAAUAUUGAAAUAUACAGGAUUUUUGUUUCCUUAUCAGAGGUAGUAUAUAUGUAUACAUUUAUAUAUAUUUACAUAUAUAGAGGCAUAUAUAUCAUAAUGCACAGAAUGAAAGGGAGAAAGAAAGCCAGUGCCCCCAAAAGACAUAGGUAGGAGAGGCUCUUAGAUACGCAUAAUCACAGACUUUGAGAGUUGGAAGGGCCCCCAUCACCUUUCAAAUAAAAAACAUUAAGAAAAGGAAUCGCCACUAUCCAAGACUUCCUACCUGUUUGCUUAACUAUUUGGUAACUUCGUUACUGGAAACAGCAACUUCAUUUUCAUAUAUUUAUAAAGAUCUUCACAGGAGGCUGUGUGGCAGAGUGGAUAGCAGUCACUCUUAUAGUCAUGAAACCCUGGGGGGUCAAGUCCUGCCUUUGAUACAUCCUGACUCUAGGACACUGGCUAAGGCAUUUCCCUUCUUAGGGGCCCCAGGUUGUAAUUCUCUCUCUCUAGUUGGCACAGCAGGUGCAGCUCCUCCGUGGUAGUCAUUACUUCUACCAGCUAAAUCAGAAGUCCAGAGCAACUAUAACAGAAACAGCCACUUUAGAAUCCAUUUCCUUUUCAUUUCUUGCCAAACAGUUGGCACCUACUCUCCCAACCCAUUUAAAAUGAGCACAGAUCACCAGAUGAACAAAAGUCCAACAAGGACUCAUGACCAUGCCUACAUAGCACCAAACUUUUUUGUGAACACGUGAAAAAUGCUUAAGAUCUUAUCAGGUUUUAAGAAGCUUCCAAAUAUUGGGUUAUUUGGUGUUGUGUUCAUAAAAUUAAAAUGUUGUUGGUAUCAAAUAUGUGUAUAUGGGUAUUAUUUUAAGCACAUAAAAUUAUAGAUGUUAAGUUCCCAAAUGUAUCUCUAUAACACUCCAAUAUGGGCAUAUUUCCAGGUUGGACUUUCAUUUAUUUCUUUUUGUCAAACUAUUGAAUUCUUCCCCAGGUUAGCUUCUUCAAGAUUUAAAUUCCUUAAAUAAGCAAAAUUCUCAAUUAUUAUAAAAAAAUAUCUCACAUGUAAUACUGAUUGAAUGUGAAAAGUUGUGAGAUUUGGUAGCCAAUUGUAGAAUCUUUUGGAUUCAUCUCCUGCAUCCAAGCAAUUUUGGUGCCUGUGUUAAUUUAGCCUUCUCAAAGAAGUGACCUGGGACAAAAAGGCCUCUUAGCACCAAAGCUCAGCUGCAUCAGAAACUUUAUAUUGAGCUAACAAAUAUAAGAAGGAAGGAAGGAAGGAAGGAAGGAAGGAAGGAAGGAAGGAAGGAAGGAAGGAAGGAAGGAAGGAA